UCCAUCUUGUGUGUCUGGUCGUAAAUAUCAACUAUUAAUUUCCUAAAUUAGAUGUCAGUUCGCGCCGUCGGAGUUUGCGUGUCUUGAUGGGGAGCGCGAGCCAGCACGCAAACAUCACAGAGAAAGUAACAGAAAAAAAACAUGCCGUCUUCUCAUCCAUGGAGACAUGGCAUAUAGGUUCCUCUCCAGUCGAAUCGUGCCAUCCUCAAACAGAUUAAACAGAAGAUAUAUUUUUAUAUUCACUAUCUCUUUGUCUUUCAUGUAUUUAUGCUACAGCAUCCUCUUCUGUUCCGGUUCAGUCAUGCCUAACCAGAGAUUGGAGGAGCAUCGCUGCGUCUAUCUGAAGAACAUAGGGAGUAAAAAACUUUUACAGAAGUCACAUUAUUGCACUAUAUCAACGAAGGCCAGAGUUAUCUCGGAAGAGACGAGAGCUGUGGGUCUCUUAUCAAACCUCACUGGAAACCAAAGCAAACAGAAAACACAGGCGCGAAAUUUAGACGCGGUGGAUCACAAGCAGAGUAAUAACACGAAUUCGCCUAAAUAUGGGAACAAGAAGUUACCCAAUGCACUUAUAGUUGGCGUUAAGAAAGGAGGAACCAGGGCGGUACUGGAGUUCAUCCGGAUUCAUCCAGAUGUUCGAGCACUUGGGACCGAGCCACAUUUCUUUGAUAGAAACUAUGACAAAGGCUUGGACUGGUACAGAGGCCUUAUGCCAAGGACUCUGGACAGCCAAAUAACCAUGGAGAAAACACCAAGUUACUUUGUGACAUGGGAGGCACCACGGCGCAUCUCAAACAUGUCCCGUGGAACAAAGCUGAUCGUAGUGGUGCGGAACCCAGUCACAAGGGCAAUCUCUGACUACACGCAGACCCUGUCAAAGAAGCCUGACAUCCCCUCCUUUGAGGAACUAGCUUUCAAGAACAGGAGCGAAGGCAUCGUGGAUACAUCCUGGAAUGCCAUCCGCAUUGGGAUGUACAUCCUACACCUGGAGAACUGGCUGCAGUAUUUCCGUCUUUCGCAGAUCCAUUUUGUCAGCGGGGAGCGGCUCAUCACAGACCCGGCUGGAGAGCUAGGCCGCGUGCAGGACUUCCUGGGUCUCAAACGCAUCAUCACAGACAAGCACUUCUACUUUAACCGAACGAAAGGCUUCCCGUGCCUGAAGAAGCCGGAGAGCAGCAGCCAGCCCCGCUGCCUCGGCAAGUCCAAGGGCAGAACUCACGUGCAGAUAGACCAGGAGGUCAUUGAGCAGCUUAGAGAAUUUUAUAGGCCUUUCAAUGUGAAAUUUUAUGAAAUGGUGGGUCAUGACUUCAGGUGGGAUUGAGGAGGAGGAGGACCUUGGUGAAACCAGCCCCUUUCUUCUGAUGAUGUGUAAGUCAUCGAAUUAAAUCAGUUUGUCCAAAGUUAGAGGGUGAACUAUUACUA